AUUGCCAAAUGGGGGGGCUUCUAUGGUUAAGGAUGGGUCCUGAAAGCGCAUUUGAAUAAGACACCAAAUAUUAAAACCAAUUAAAUGAAAGAAAACAGUAGUAGCACUAAUAGAGCUGGGAACAAGGAACUUAAAUGCUUGCUGAAGGAGUUAAACAUUGAUAGGCUAGAGGGAAAUUGCAUGACCAAAACCCCAUCUACCUCCUGACAUCACCGAACCACAUAAAUGUAGCUUUUAAUACACACGGCUUCAUUGCCACCUCCUCUUUUGUUUUAUCUUUCCCAUUAUAAUCAAGUAACAAGAGACUCCAUGCUCUAUGUAAAUGCUACGCUUCAAGUCUAAGAACGACUAGACUAAAUGGAGCCGAGGGCAAUAGUUUUUUCCACGGCAGUUUUCCUUGUUUUCAGCUUGUUUAUUGCAGGCUCCGUUUCAGGCAACCUCUCUUACAACUUCUAUGCUGCUUCAUGCCCUUCUGCAGAGUUCAUUGUAAGAAACACUGUCCGUUCUUUCUCUUCUGACGAUCCCUCCAUUCCCGGAAAGCUCCUUCGCUUGGUCUUCCAUGAUUGCUUCGUGGAGGGAUGUGAUGCAUCGUUGACGUUGCAAGGGAACAAUACAGAGCAAAGUGAUCCAGCAAACAGGUCAGUGGGAGGAUUUUCAGUGAUAGAUUCAGCAAAAAGAGUGCUUGAGAUUUUCUGCCCAGGAACCGUUUCUUGUGCUGACAUAAUUGCUCUGGCGGCGAGAGAUGCCGUUGAAGCUGUUGGUGGACCCGUAGUUGAGAUUCCCACGGGCAGGAGAGAUGGGAUGGUUUCACUGGCUUCCAAUGUCAGACCCAACAUUGUUGACACCAGUUUUACAAUGGAUGAGAUGGUCAAGCUCUUCUUCUCCAAGGGAUUGUCCCUUGACGACCUUGUCAUUCUUUCAGGGGCUCAUACCAUAGGAUCAGCCCACUGCAUCUCUUUUAGGGACAGGUUCCAACAAGACUCAAAAGGGAGGCUUAGGCUGGUUGGCAAUGACCUUGACAGUAGUUAUGCAAAUGAACUGAUGAGAGAGUGUGGAUCAAAUUCAAACCCAUCUGUAACAGUUAACAAUGAUCCUGAAACAUCUAUGGUGUUUGACAACCAGUAUUACCGGAAUCUGCUGGCUCACAAGGGUCUGUUCCAGUCGGAUUCUGUUCUGCUGAGUGAUAACCAAACAAGGAAAUUAGUGGACGAUCUGGCAAAUGACCAGGAACUUUUCUUUCAGAAAUGGAGCCAAUCAUUCCUGAAGCUGACCAUUGUUGGAGUGAAAACAGAUGAAGAGGGUGAGAUUCGACGAUCUUGUGAAGCUACUAAUGCAUAAAUUGGUGGAUUGAUUUGUCCAUUCUUUGUUUGUUAGCGUGGGAUGUUUUUCAUUGCAGAAAGUCUAGCAUGUGAGACACUCACUGUUUCUGAAAUAACGGGACCUAGAAUAAUGUUUGUCACCUCUAUAACAAUCCUUAUAUUCUCUGAUUUCAUCUGAAACAAAAUUAAAAUGGAGCGAGUGAGAUUGGAAGCU